AUGGCGCAGUCAAAUGAGAGUUUGCAGCAGGAGCUUCAAGAAGAGCUGACAGGAAACUAUGUGACAAGCUCGGUGCUGUGCCUCGUAAUCUACGAAUAUCUCAUAACCCUCAACCAAGAGGUUGCUGUCGGAUGGAGACGGAAGUUCUCCCUGGCAUCGGUGCUAUUGAUCACCACUCGGUGGAUCAUGGUUCUCGGCCCGAUUCUGGCAGCUACACCCUCGACACAAACAUGGUGCACAGCCCAGGUCUCAUUGUUCUCUGCCCUGCGUGUGUAUGCACUCUGGCAAGGAUCAUGGAUGAGAUAUGUCUAUCUUGUCGUUGUACUCAUGCUUGGACUGGUUCCAAUUGGAACAAACAUUUUCAAAUGGACCCAUACUGUACUAUCAUUUUUGAACACUCCACAGGUCAUUGAAUGCAUUGAUUCCACCAACAUUUCUUUGAAGCUGGGCACAGAGAGUGAGUCAGCCUUGCUCAAAUUUACACUCCUAAAAAUUGUGUACAUGUGCUGUGCAGUGCUCUAUUUCACAAGAUGCAGCUUGAUUGUUGCCGACAUCAUUGUCCUUGUGCUGACAUGGAUCAAGUCAUUUGCGCACUUCAAGGAGAUGCACCGGCUUAACCUCAGAUUGUCUAUUUCGGCUGUACUGCUCCCGGAUGGCAACAUCCUUCUAGCUCUGAACAUCUGGGAUCUCCUCACAUACACCAAUCCCAGUCUCGGGGAUGCAGCAAACUAUGCAGACAUCUUUGUUCUAUAUAUGCCUCCAUUGCUAGUCCAGCGAUUCAUGCUUAAUCUGCGCCAGCUCAACCACACUGCCAGUCAAAGCAGUUCGGAUCCGCAGCACUUCUCCCGCUUCUCUGUCAGCUUCAGGGUGCCUUCAGACCUCCUUGGGAAUAUUGGCGAGCCUCUGGACCAUGGCCAAUCGGAGCGAGUUGAAGGCGACGAUAACAACAACAGCUGUGCGGUGGAAGAGUCGCGAAACGAAAUCAUGGAGAAUUUUGAACACCAGCCAUGUCUAUCAUCUGCAUAUCAUAAUGAGUCAAUCGAACUCUGCGACGCUCUAGCAUUGGAGCCCACAGGACAUGCAAGUGACGACGACGUCGUCAGGUCGUCUGCUUAUUUGCACGAGAUGGUGGCUGGCCCUUCCACAUCUGCCUAGUAGG